AAUUCGGAGCCAGCAGGAGCCAACGCGCCCCUUCUAAAAGUGAAGGGCUGGGUCCUGCGGACACUUCUUACCCGCCGGGUCUUCCUGGGGAUCACGCGGUGUGACUCGAUCCUCGCGGGCGGGAAGCUUGUCCUGGCGAGAGGGAAAUCCAUUCAGCCUAAGAGUUAGUUGCAUUCUUCUGGCCACCUGGCCGCACGGAAACUCCAGCGAACUCUCCUGGAAAAGAGACCAUGCCACCCGAGUCUCUUUCCAACCUCUCCCAGCCCGCGGGCGGGAAUCGGAGCGGUUUUGCUCCCGGGGUGUCGGAAAGGGAUUUCCUACCCGCCCCGGACGGGACCACUCCGGAGUUGGUGCUCCGCUGUGUGAUCCCGUCCCUCUACCUGCUCAUCAUCACAGUGGGCUUGCUGGGCAACAUUAUGUUGGUGAAGAUCUUCAUCACCAACAGCGCCAUGAGGAGCGUCCCCAACAUCUUCAUCUCUAACCUGGCCGCUGGGGACGUGCUGCUGCUGCUCACCUGCGUCCCAGUGGAUGCCUCGCGCUACUUCUUCGACGAGUGGAUGUUCGGGAAGGUGGGCUGCAAACUCAUCCCGGUGAUCCAGCUCACCUCCGUAGGGGUGUCCGUGUUCACUCUCACUGCCCUCAGUGCCGACAGGUACAGAGCCAUUGUAAACCCCAUGGAUAUCCAGACAUCAGGGGCAGUGCUGUGGACCUGCAUGAAGGCCGUGGGCAUCUGGGUGGUCUCCGUGCUGUUGGCUAUUCCCGAAGCCAUAUUUUCCCAGGUGGCACGCAUUGGCAGCUUGGAUAAUGGCAGCUUCACGGCGUGUAUACCCUACCCUCAGACGGAUGAAUUACAUCCAAAGAUUCAUUCAGUGCUCAUCUUCUUGGUCUACUUCCUCAUACCACUUGUUAUCAUUAGUAUUUAUUAUUAUCACAUUGCAAAGACCUUAAUUAAAAGUGCACAUAAUCUUCCAGGAGAAUACAAUGAACAUACCAAAAAACAGAUGGAAACACGGAAACGCCUGGCCAAAAUCGUGCUGGUCUUUGUGGGCUGCUUCAUCUUCUGUUGGUUUCCAAAUCACAUCCUCUACAUGUACAGGUCUUUCAACUAUAACAAGAUUGACCCAUCUCUAGGCCACAUGAUUGUCACCUUGGUUGCCCGGGUUCUGAGCUUUUGCAAUUCCUGUGUCAAUCCAUUUGCUCUUUAUUUGCUCAGUGAAAGCUUCAGGAGACAUUUCAAUAGUCAGCUCUGUUGUGGAAGGAAGUCCUAUGGAGAGAGAUCCACCAGCUAUCUACUCAGCUCCUCUGCAGUGCGCAUGACUUCAUUGAAAAGCAAUGCUAAGAACGUGGUGACCAAUUCUGUAUUACUAAAUGGGCACAGUGUGAAGCAGGAAAUGGCACUGUGAUUUUGUCCUUUCAACUCACUACCUGAAAAGAAAGUACUCCUAUUUCUGUUGAGUAGAACAGAACUGAGCAAUUAUUUUUCUUAGUAAAUCUCAGCUAAUUCGUUAAAGGAUUUCACAAUUGACUCAGAAAAGGCAAAACAACAUUGUUACCAUUUUUCUCUGAACAAGACUUUAAAUAACAUUAAAAAUGUAUGUAUUCCUCACAUUAAAAGUGAUUCAAAACGCAA